AUGUGGAAGGCGGCCGACUUCGUAGAGGAAGAUAUGGUGUACGCGUGCGUUGACGUGCUCGUGAUGGAGGCAAUGCGCCACCUGAAAACCAUAGAGGCCAAGAGCACGCUCAAGUCCUACACCUCAUGGAUAUACGACUACAAAAGGUGGGUGGCGAAGAUGCUUAAAAAAAAAGGCGACAAACUGCCGACAGCAGAACACACGAGGCAAGUCGACGAGAUAGGGCACUGGACACACAACAACAAGAGCAAAGAUUGGGACAACGAGAAGGUGGUCAAGCGGAAGCACAUAUGGCUGCACGGCCCCGGGGUCACUAUUACACGGCUGCGCGCCUACAUCAAGUCCAUGAGGCGGGAGAACAAGAUCGACGUCGAAACGAACGCGCCAGUGCAAGCCUACACGGUGCACAUGAUCCUCGGCCGCAUCAAGGCCUGCCAGAUGGCGGCGAGGGUGGAGGCGACGCUCUACAAGGAGAAGGAGUUGGGCAUCAUGCGGGAAAUCUCGGUGGUCCGGUUGGAGGUGCGGGUCAUGGUCCGCACGAAAGAUCAGAGGGACAUCAACCUCACGCGCGGUGCAAGCAUCCGCGAGAUAACGCUCCCCGACAUCUUCCUGUACCGACUGUCGAGCACCUCAUCGGUGAACCCGGAUAACCAGCCGGUCGUCAUGGUGGUCGCCGCGCGGAACUCGAAGACAUCGACGGAUGCGCGUCUUCAACAGAGCUACGCCGCGCGGCACUUCGAAGCGGAGUUGUGCACCGUCGGCAAGACCUGGCUGUGGUUACACUUCGUCCUCGACCAGAUCGGCCAGUUUCACGGCGUCGACCUCAUUCCGCCGGUCGACACCAGCACACGCGAGCUCUGGUACAAGAAGCACCUGUUCUUCGCCCGCAACGACCCCGAGCGGGGCGAACUCUCAGCUCCCAGCCACCAGCGAUGGACGAGGCAGAUGUGGAAGACGAACGGGGUGUUCUGCGAGCGGAACGUCCAUGCCGCUCGGGUAGGCGGGGCGUAG